CCAAUUAGAACAAUGAGUACCGUUACCUUUGUCACUGGCAAUGCCAACAAGCUCAAGGAAGUGAUUGCUAUUCUUUCAGGCUCUCAGUCUGAAGGCGGAGAAUCGAAAGUUGGAAAUUUCACUAUUGUUAAUAAGUCGUUGGACCUUGAUGAGCUCCAAGGCAGUAUAGAAGAAGUCACAAUCCACAAGGCCAAGAGUGCUGCUGAAAUUCUUGGUGGCCCAGUGUUGGUGGAGGAUACCUGUUUGGGUUUCACUGCCUUUAACGACCUUCCAGGCCCAUACAUUAAGUGGUUUGUGAAAUCGGUUGGUUUACAGGGUUUGGUUGAUAUGCUCUACAAGUUUGAAGACAAGAGUGCUAAAGCAAUUUGUACAUUUGGAUACUGUGAAGGGCCAGGAAAGCCAGUUCAAUUGUUCCAAGGAAUCACCAAAGGAUCCAUUGUAGAAAGCAGAGGCCCUACCAACUUUGGCUGGGAUUCGAUCUUUCAGCCUGAUGGGUUUGACAAGACGUAUGCUGAGCUUGAUAAAGAAAUCAAGAAUAGUAUCUCGCAUAGAUUCAGAGCCUUGGAUAAGUUGAGAGACUUUCUUGUGAGCCAAUAGAUAAUAAAGAAAAUAGAACUUAUAAAGGAUAAAGUAAGAUACAGUAAUACAAAAUAGCAGUAGGCCUCUGGUGGCAGUAUCAA